ACACAACACCACUUCUUUUCUUUUCUUAAUGAAAACGGUGAUCUCGUCGUUGCCACCACAGGAGAUGAAGAUCAGCUGUUGGAGGAAGUGAUGCAGGAAAAUGCCCAUAACGUAGAUCCACUCAAUGACUGGAAGGGGGAAGCACAAAGAGCCUGGCUGCUGUGGUCCGGAAGGUCUUUAACUCUCUCUCGGGGACGAACACAACUCAAAAGCACGUUCUGGUUGAUGGCCUUUUUUUUUCUUCUAUUUUAUUUUUUUAUUUAGUUUUACUCUACACGUGGAGAAUAAUGUUAUAUCGGCGUGGAAGUUGUUUCUGCCAGCUGCCAGCUAGUCGGCUAGCGGAGUUGACGCGACGAGUUUGACUCAGUUUGCCUCGGCUCGUGCCCGCUCGCCUUGGACAACUUACCAACAACUUCCUUUGUGUUCGGGCUCCAACCCGCCGCGAUGUGUGUCCAGCGCCCCGCGGCUCAACUGUCCAAAAGGUGCUGCAGAUUUCAAGGGCACAAUGAUGGGGCAGAGUAGGAAGACACUUUGAUCCGUGGCCAGUGCCAUCUCACUGUCUCCCUGGUUUUAAAUCUAGCAGCUCAAGACCUGGAUCGAUGGUAGAUUUGGCACAGGUCUGAGGGUAUGUUGAGACAUCUCACCAGGCCUGAGCAGAGGCGUCUAGGUGGUUCGGACGGGGACUGAAGGCGGGGAGGAAAGACAGACGAGGGACCAGGAAGGAAGACAUGGGCCAGUGUGUCACCAAGUGUAAGAAUCCAACGUCUUCACUCGGCAGUAAGAGUGGAGACAAGGAGAGCAGCUCUAAGUCCCACCACAAGAAAGGCAGCGGUGGUGGUGGGGCCCAUAAAGAAGAGCCCAGUGCCCUAUCUAGCAAAACCACCAGCGAGCUGUCGAAUGGCACCAAGGCCUUGGAAGUUACAGUGGAGACACCUGUCAUACCCGCAGUGAUGGGGGAACCUCGCAAGGAUCAGUUUCUGGAUGCAGACGGGCUGUCAAUUUUGCGCAUGGAGGAGCUGUUCUGCUGCUACAAGGACGAACAAGACGAUGCUAUCUUGGAGGAAGGCAUGGAGAGGUUUUGCAAUGACCUGUGUGUGGACCCAGCAGAAUUUCGCGUGCUUGUUCUGGCCUGGAAGUUUCAAGCCGCCACUAUGUGCAAGUUUACAAGGAAGGAGUUUGUUGAGGGCUGCAAGGCCAUCCAGGCAGACAGCCUCAAAGGCAUCUGCUCACGUUUCCCCUGCAUGCUGCUGGAUGCACGAGGCGAGGAGAACUUCAAGGACCUGUACCGCUUUACCUUCCAGUUUGGCUUGGACGCUGAGGAGGGACAACGCUCUCUACAGCGUGAUAUCGCUAUUGCCCUGUGGCGCCUUGUUUUCACCCAGGACUCCCCUGUGAUCCUGGAGCGCUGGCUGGACUUCCUAGCGGAGAACCCCUCAGGUAUUCGGGGCAUCUCACGGGACACGUGGAACAUGUUCCUCAACUUCACCCAGGCGAUCGGGUCUGACCUCAGCAACUACAGCGAGGAUGAGGCGUGGCCUAGCCUCUUCGACACCUUUGUGGAGUGGGAGUUGGAGCGCAGGAAAAAAGAGGAGGAACAGGCACUGAUGGCAAAGGAGGAAGAGGGGAGGAGUACUGACACUGACUGUUCUCCUACCACAGAUACACUAGAAACAGAGGGAAGCCGAGGCUCACAGACGUGGGGGGGCCACUGACCAGGAAACCAAAAGUGUUUGUGAGGGAGGGAAGGAAAUGACCUAUAAGUGAACUGUGCAUCUGUGAAUCGUUGGAUGAAUAUUAGUAUUACCAUUACAGCUGUUCAUUUGGCUCUCUUUCUCUGUUGGGAUGGGAUUCCUGCUUUGCAACUUUUAUUUGGGGUUUUUGAAAGGGCUCUAUGAACUGUUUUAAGCACUUCUAUUUAAGUUAUUGUUUUACUUUUUUCUCCUCCCAUGUGUAUUUUUAGUAAAUGGACGUGGUCCAUUUUAACCUAUACCUACCUACCUACCUACCAUAACUCAACACAGUAAGUAAAGGCUUGGUUUGAAAAGCAGGCAACAGAAAGCCAUAACGCUUUACCACAAUUAUCAUUGAGACAGUUCACUUUGACCUGGUAACACUGCUGAUUUAUGUUUUGUACAAAUAGUAAAAAUACAAAUAAAUAAGAAGGGAAAUUUGGGAAACUAUAUACAAGUAAUUUCGCAUUACCAAAACAUGAGAUUUGUCAUAAGAGUCGGGGUUGGUGAAAUUGUUUUGAUUGGACUGAUCUAGUUAGAUUGUAUGCUUUUAACUUGCGGUGCAGUGAGGAUGAAUUUGUUGCACUGAUAUUGCCUUCACACCCGUUGGCCUGAAAUUUCACGGAAAACUGUAUUGGAUUACAAUUGUUUUCACAAGGGCGAUUUAAUUUAGUCAAUAAUACAAAUAACAUUUACAGUUUUAUCCUUAACUCAUGGAGUCACUAUAUCCAUUUAAAAUCAAAGUUGAUUUCCAAAGUAACCGACCCACUCUUUCUCCUGUGUUGAGUGUUUUUGAGUGUUACUAGUGCAGAGUGGCUAAGCUUGUUUAAGCAGUGCGUGCUCCUUGUUGACCUCCAGCAUCAUCAUUUUUAUGUCCACCUAUUUUCAAGAAGCGGUUAAGUGUAUACACCACAAGGAUGCUGGCUUUUCUCAGAUGCCCCAUAUUAAUUUUAGGAAGUCUUGUAACAUGACAAAUUGGGCUAAAGCUAGGUCUUCCUCAUUUCUGGACAGAAGAUGCCUAAACCUGCGUUACAUUCAGGACCAUAACACUGGGCACCACACAGAGCUUGUAUUGUUUACCGUCAGAAGUUCAAGAGUCUUCACGUCAUUGAAUCGCUAUACAAAAUAAAUAUAUAGUGUGCACACUGCACAAGUAAUGCUGACUGCUGCUGUUGAUGGUUAUAAUGGAUUGCACAAAAACCAAUGGCAUGCUAAGUUGCUAUACUUGCAACACUUUGCAGAGAGAUUGAUGUCAACUGCAUUAUUUCCAUUUUAAAAAUUCCCCAAACUGUAGAUUGAUCUUCAGUAUAGCCUAGGGUGUUUUGGGGAUGAGUGAGUAUUACCUAGACAUAUGCUGGUCGAUCAGUCCGCGAUUAUGGGUCCAGUGUGGUGAGAGGGCUGCCAUAACCUGAUCUGUUUGGUUUACAUCUACAAUGGUUUUAUUUUCAGACCCCCUUUGUCUUUUUUUAUUUUAUAUAUAAAAUGUAUUGAUUUAUAAUAAUAAAAACAGUGUUGAACUUUGAACUGUU